UUAAGCGUGUCAGUCUUAAUGUUGGUGUUUGAAGGAGAGGGUAUUUUGAAUUCUCUCAUCAAUAAACUACCUAUUGAACUUCACUUACCUAGCUAUCAGUACUGUGGACCUGGUACAAAAUUGGAAAAACGUCUUGAUCGUGGAGAUCCGGGCAUCAACCCCUUGGACGCUGCUUGUAAACAACACGAUAUUUCUUACUGGAAGAAUAAGUCUCUCGAAGAACGACACAAAGCCGAUCAGAUACUUGAAGAUAAAGCUUGGGCACGCGUCAAAUCAAAAGACGCUUCAAUGGGAGAGAAAGCUGCUGCAUUACUUGUAACAGGCGGAAUGAAGGUGAAAAGAAAGCUGGGAAUGGGUUGUCGUCGUCGUCGCAAACGUCGUUCCUUGCAUCGAGAUGUUAUUCUGAAAGUGGGAAAGUCAUUGAAGAGAGGAACAUCUUUGAAAGACACCGCAACGUUUGCCUUACGAGCAGCCAAAGCACUUAUUAAUGAAUUUGGUGGCAAAAAAGAAGUCGAGGUUCCUCGAGUAAUACCUGUAGCGAAAUCCGGAGGUUUCCUACCACUUAUUCCUUUGUUUGCCGGUCUUUCGGCACUUGGAGCUUUGUCAGGUGGUGCUGCUGGGAUUGCAAAAACUGUCAUUGAUGCUAAGCAUGCGCAAAAGAAAUUGGAGGAAGAUGUACGUCAUAAUAAGGCUAUGGAACGUAUAGGAUCUGGCCUAUACUUGAAAAAGUAUUCAAAAGGUGGAUUUGGAUUGUAUUUAAAAAAACAAAAAAAAAACUAAUAAAGCUACCCAAUCAC